AUGCGGGAUCGCCGUGCGGAGCUGCGGUUUCACCCCGCCAUGCUGGCCACGCUGGUGGUGCUGGUCAUGGUUGCUUUUGCGCUGGGCUACCGCCACGGUGUCACGACGUGGGAGAAGGAUUUUGUGGCCAACUACGAGAAGAGUCGGGGGCAUGAGCGACACGUCGCCGACAUGCUGCAGAUCUGUGGCAACGAGAUUUUUGCACUUAGUGCCAACGUGUCGUCGAACAACGGAACCCUCGAUGACGUGCAGAACGAGAAUGCAGGGAUUGAGGAGGAGAUGAGGAAGCUGUCACAGGAGUUCAAGGUGGCUACAGAUGCGGUGGAUAAGUGUCAGGCUGAGAUCGCCAUCAUAAGCGAAGGAGAGGCCAAGCAGGGUGGGGUCCCCAACGUGGAGGUGACGGCAGCCGAAAACGAGCUGCGUCGCCUGAGUGAGCUGCUGGGCAACCUGACAGAGGGCGAGGGAAUGCACAGGGUACACAUCCAUCGGUCACUGGCCUCUAUACGGAAGGUGUACAAACUCCUCUGCGGCAACUUUCCAGGAUGCACAGUGCUUUCGGAUGAAUUCCUCCUUCUUCGAUGGAAGGAGGAUCUCCACAAUUCCUUGCAACGAUGGAUGUUGAUGGAGGCAGAACGCAUGCAGAGAAUGGGGUGGAGGUAUAACAAGGAGGACCCGGGGGACAAGGGAGCCAUUUACUUCGCGGAAGGGGAAGAGAGGAAGACCCUUACAUUUUUUGGCCGCACCGGCCGUCCCGCACUGUUGUUUGGUCAGGAUAAGGAGCUUCAAGUUGUGGUAGCCACCGCAUUGGAGCGUGUGCUUCUUCUGCAGCAGUUUGCCUUUUGCGCCUACCGCAAUAAUAACCCCAACAUUACUUUUCCCUCGAUCUUUCAAUGGAGCGUGAGCUCUGAAAGCACCACUGCCGCUCUGCACGAUUUGGUGGAAACGCCACUGGUCAUUUUCUGUAUGGACUGCGCUGAGGUGAAAAAUACGAGCGAAUUUGUGCGAUCGUGCCUACAGGACUCAGGGGGCAACAAUGGAUACGGCGAGCGCGACUACUGGGCGGUGCGGUCCAUGCUGCUUCCACAUCCCGGUGUAGUUCAAGAUGCAAAGAACUUCUACACAGCACACACACUGACAGCACGAAAGGUGCUGGCGGUUUUGGCACACAAUCCGGUGGAGGACUGUCUUGCACUUCUCGGUGAGCCACGCGGGAAUCACUUUCUGUACCUUGUCGCCAAUUUUCCAGAGGAGCGGAAACGGUUUGAGAGUCAUGUGAGUAACAACACCUUACAUCAGUGUUCCCCCACGGCGGCACAGCUGGUACAGCGUAUCACACAAGUCAUAGAAGAGGAGAAGCUGAGUGACGCGACUCCGGGCUUUGACACCAUCUACGUGAGCGCGUCAAGUGAGAUGCGGAAGGAGCUAAAACGGCUCGAGAAGAAACCCGCGUGGUGGAGUAUGACGUUGUUCCGCCAGGAUGAAGUUUCCAGCGCCCACGAGGAGCUAGUGGAGCUGACGGUUGUUAGCAGAGCAGGUGCGCUGCUUGUGAGUCCGUUUCUCGCGUCCAGCCGGUACGUCGUGGAGAGUUUUCUGCUUUCACAUGGACUGCAACCGAUGAGUCGCGUGUGGUUCUUUUGA